CGCAGAGGACAAAAGGGGUGCCAAGCAUGAAUAGCGUAGGCCCUAGUGAUUGUUCGCCAAAAGCUGUAUGGAAAGCAAUGCUGUUGUGACGCUUUCAAUUUCAAUCUUUGAGUGCAUUGUUGUUCCAAUUCUCAAAACUCCUUAUAUAAAUAACACACUUCCCUCCCCUCCACUUGCAUCCCAAAUUAACCAAUAAUAUUUUAGUUAAAACAUGUCCAUGGCCAUCAUUAACACUUUUGGAAACGUUGAUGUCUAUAUUCUAUUAUUAUCAUCAUGGUUUCUCGUAUCUGCUGUGUGUGUUUGGGGACGACCCGCCACUUUUCUGCAAGACUUUGAAAUCACGUGGUCAAAGACUCAUAUCAGGCAAAUUGAUCAAGGCAGAGCCAUCCAACUCAUUCUAGAUCAAAACUCUGGUUGUGGCUUUGCUUCCAAGAGUAAGUACAUGUUUGGCCGUGUUAGCAUGAAGAUCAAGCUCAUACCCGGAGACUCUGCUGGCACUGUCACUGCAUUUUAUAUGAACUCUGACACCGACACUGUACGUGAUGAGCUGGAUUUUGAGUUCUUGGGGAACCGUAGUGGUCAGCCUUACACAGUUCAGACAAACAUCUAUGCUCACGGAAAAGGAGAUAGAGAACAAAGGGUCAACCUCUGGUUUGACCCUUCUGCGGAUUUUCACACUUAUACUAUUAUGUGGAAUCAUCAUCAUAUUGUAUUCUACGUUGAUGAUUUUCCCAUUAGAGUGUACAAGAACAGUGAGGGAAAGGGAAUCCCAUACCCAACAAUGCAACCAAUGGGAGUGUAUUCGACAUUGUGGGAAGCUGAUAAUUGGGCAACAAGAGGGGGGUUGGAGAAAAUUGAUUGGAGUAAAGCACCUUUUUAUGCAUAUUACAAGGACUUUGACAUUGAAGGGUGCCCAGUGCCAGGACCUGCCAACUGUGCCUCUAACCAAAGUAAUUGGUGGGAAGGGGCUGCAUACCAAGCUCUUAAUGCCAUUGAAGCCCGAAGGUACAGGUGGGUUCGGCUCAACCAUAUCAUCUAUGAUUACUGCCAAGAUAAGUCAAGGUUUCCAGUGAUCCCACCAGAGUGCCUUGCCGGCAUUUAAACCCUAAAUUUCAUGUCACUUCAAUUAUUCAAGUACAGGAAUACCCCUAUAUAUAAUUUACAUUGUCCACUGUUCAAAAACAUAUCAUACUAUAUUUUAUCGGGAAAAAAAAACAUCAUACUAUAUAUACUAGAGUAAUCUAUUUGCUUCUGCUGAGUUAAUUUCAAUUUAUCCCAUGUGGUACGUCUCUUCAAUUAUUUCAAGUCUUUCAUAUAAACACGUGAAAUAAAAUGUACAUCAAUAAAACUAGGGGUAAAUUAUUAUGUCCCCAUACCAUACCACAUGGAUAAAUUGAAAUUAACACUUGUUUUGUUUUGGGGGAGAGGGCAAAUGAUUCUGGUGUAUGUGGGGCGAGGGCUAUGUUCGACCAGAAGAGAAUAAGUCAAAAGCUAUCUCUGGGUUUACUGUGCCUAUGUAUUUAAGUGCGCAUUGUUUGUGGUGUAAUAAAGCUUGCGCAUUAUUGUGAUGAUUCAUGAAGGAUAUUUUUGGGCUUGU